GGCUUAAAUGGUUUUCACGCAAUCUAAUUGACAACCAGGACACUCAAUUGGUAUGGAAUGCUAUCCAUCCCAAAAUCACGGUCAAUCUGCAUUCGCUGGAGCUAGAUGGUAGGCCGCGUUCGUUAGCUUUGAUAGCUGGUGAGCUGCCGUCGAUGAAACAGCUUCGUUCGCUCGAACUACUUCCAUGCUUUUACCACUAUAACCUAGAAAAUCCAAUAAUUCUCCGUAGCAACUCAGUGAACCAUCUGAAAGCCACAACGACCAUCAAGAUCCGGGUGGAAAUGCCAAAGCUGCAAAGUUUUGAGGGUAGUUUGUCUUCACUAGAUCGACCAGACGAGAAUCCGGCAUCACUUACGCUGUCUGAGCUCAAACAUCUUAUUCUUUGCGACGAAUCAGAUCUAAUUUCGAUAACUACCGUUCAAUCCAUUUUUCAACGAUUAACUAACCUAGAGACAAUCAAAUUGGAUUAUGAUUCUUUUGACGAUGAGUUCUUCGAUGUAUUAUGUGACAACUGUACAUCACUUCGAGAACUUACAAUAAGUCCUAAUGAUUCUGGGCCUCAGAACGAUUGCAGCAUGAUCCGCUUGGAUUUAACGAAAUUAACCAAACUAACCAAGCUAGCGCUGGAAAACAGUUUACUCGAUACUGUAAAUCUGCCCAAAUCGAUCAGAAAACUUAAGAUAUGUUUAAGUUUUUACAACCAGCAUGAAAUGAUUCAAACUCUCAUUGAUAGCAGUAAGAGUUUAGAAGAACUACAGGUCGUGUUUUUUAAAGCAUAUGAAGAGACAGUCAGCUUGUUGGAGACUUUGUCGGUUCUACAGCGUCUGGAAGUACUCGUGUUCUAUGGUGCACGUUUCGAAGAAUCAAGUUUCCUUCACAUUAAUGCUCCCCUGGAACGGGUGCGUCAGCUGCGGUUCGUCGGAUGCAAAUUAUCAACGAAAAGUUUUCUCGGGAUCCAGGAAAAGUUCCCCAACUUAAAAAAGCUUCAAUUUAUAUCUUGUUAAAAUCGUAUUAUAAUAUGUUAGAGAUCUCGAAACAAUCAUUUAGAAAGAAGAUACGAAUUAUACAAUGAAAUUUAUCAGCCGAUACCAACCUAGGUCUUAUUUUCUAGUAUCGGAUUCAUAGUUGAAUUUUGUUGAAUAUUUUCCUCACUUAGUAUUUUCAAGCAUCAUCACCAUGGAGUAAAUCAUCUUAUGAACCUAAAACGAAUAGAAAUGUAAC